GCUACAGCCUCAUUUGCAAAGGCUCUGCAAGCGCUUUUUUAGCCGCACGCUGAAGGUCGUCGACUCCUCUGCAGCUCGUCAGGUACCUGCUAAUCACGAAUGCGGGCCCACGUCUUGCGGCGACUGCCUGGUGCCGCGCUACGGCGUCCGACAGCCAGCGCACCGCACGCAGCUCAUUACGCGAGCGCAGCCCUGCGCGGCGGCACAGCACGGCGCAGCGCAGCCCUACGAGCUGCCACACCACGGCGCGCCACCCUAACAAUGCCGUCGAUGCGCGGCGUCUGGACCCUCACGACGGCACCGGACCGCGACCGACAAACAUACAAACGAUCAAUCACCGUCGGCCCGGAGGUCGCCCAAGCCCUCACCGUCGUGCCGCCCGUGCUCCUCCAGGGCGUCUUCGUCAGCCCCUUACCCGCGGUGCGGGGCUACGCGCAAAAGGGCACGACGGGCGACGCCUCGGUCGCACCCUAUGCGCUCAUGGUGGCCAACGGCACGGUCUGGCUGACGUACGGCGUAUUAAUCGGCGCGCCGACGGUAGCUUUACCAAAUAUCACGGCGGUAUCAUUAGGCAUGUACUACACGUACACCUUCCACAAGCACAAGCCGGCCGACGCGCCCUUCGCGCCCUACGUGAUCGCCGCGUCGAGCGUCGCGGCGCUGGCCGUCGGCACUGCAUUAGCGCUAGAACAGGAAGCCGCAGCACACACGGUGGGUCUCAUCGGGUGCGGCGUCCUGCCCGCGAUGUUCGCCGGGCCCCUCGCGGCGGCCAGAAAAGUUAUAUCAACAAAAAACGCGGCGGCCAUCCCGCUCGCUUUUACGUUAUUCUCCACGGUGAACACGAUCACAUGGAUCGGUUACGGGUUGCUGGUGAUCGACGACGUUUAUAUAUGGGGCCCGAACGUCAUAGGACUUGGCGCGGCUUUUGCUCAGUUGGGCCUCGUGGCGAGGUACGGGCGCAAGUGAACAUAGUUACUGUCUGUUAAAUAAGAAUUUGUACACAGAGUUACACAGCUUCUAUGGA